AUGCUUGGGAUUGUGUGCAUCUUGGAGUUGACAGACUCGCUCACUACGCUCGUUCGCUUCAAUUACUUUUUGAGCAGUCAUCUGCCGUUCUUUGGGACUCGUUUCUUCGUUUGGGCUCGAUUCAGAGGCAAGAUGAAGGCUUACAGCGCUCUGGCGACCAUCGCUGGCGUGGGUACUGUGGUGGCCAAGGCCGACCCAGCUGCCAUCAAGCGUCAAGAAUCACCACGCCCCUACGGAUAUCCGCCUCCGGGAUACGGUCUGCCAACUUCGUCUGGCAUCUCCGGUCCUGUUGUGUCUACCUCCACCAGUGCUGCUGAGUCUGCCGGAGCCACAGAAGUCUCUCCAAUCGGUGCCUCGGACAGCUCCUCUGCUCCAGACUUCACGCCUUCAUUCUCCAGCCUUCCUCGCACCGGUGGACCGCUUACCACAUCUACAAGCACACGCUACUUCACUGAGUCGAUUGUCUGGCCUUUCCCAAUCGGUACUUCUGUCACCUCGACUGAAGGCAGUCCUGUCACUCCCAGCAGCUCCAGCUUCUGGUACGGCAACUCUUCUACUACUGCUCUCGUUGGCCCAACUGGUACCGGUGCGGCCAGUCCUACGUCGACCUUCACUUCUCGAUCUACAACGACUGUCACGCGUGAGACUACGAUUUACCUCUCUCCAGUUCCUACCGGUACGGCCCCUACUGGCUCUACCGAAGGUUCACCAGUCGGUGCCUCUUCGAGCCCAUUCUAUGGAAAUGGAACGUCUUCUAGCACUGCCCUGGCUGGCCCAACAGCUUCGAAUGGCUUCUGGCCAACUGGUGUUCCGUCCACGUACGGUGGUUUCAGUACGACUUUGCCGUGGAGUGGAUAUCCUAGCAGCAGUUCUGGGGGCAUUGAGGUGUCGCCAACUGAUGCCACGGAGACGACGGAUUCGUUCCCGACUACAUCAUUCUCUGUUUCGUAUGGCACUGGGAUUUUGUCCUCGUCUUCAGAUGACGGCAGCACGGAAGUCUCGCCUGUCACGGGAUCGGAAAGUUCUACGUCGACCUCUUCUGGAUUUGUGACUUCGACUACGAGGGCCUGGGGUGCUCCGUUGCCGUACGGACCGCAGAGUACGACCUACGGUGGUCCUGAGGCGUAUGGGGCUUAUGGGCAGAAUAAAGGCAGGGGUGGUGGAUGGGGAUGGUGGGGAUGGAGGGGGGAGUGA